CCUAGACCUGAUGCUCAUUUAGCAUGAUUGGAAGGUAGUGUUUGAGGUCUUCAAAACAUUAUUCCGAACGUCAACCUAGCAGGAAACUGAUGAGGACCCUCAAUCCAGAACAGACGGCAUUCUAAACAGUUGAGUGGUAAAAAUUGUUUGAGAGGCAUAUACGAGAACAAUAGCAGAUACAAGUUCAACAAACGCUCGGCAAUCAUCACAGAUACGAUUUAGAGAUCGAUCAUGACGAAGACGGAUGGAAUUUUUUUCACUCCAUCAUCUUUACUGAAAAACCUGAGACAAACAACAUUGGGCUCGGCAACAGAAAAUGAUAAUAACGAUGACGAGAGCAUAAAUGAUGAAACCAAAAACUCUUCUGAUGAUCUUGGGGAACCUCUGCCGAUCGACCUUCCGCUCAAUGACUUAGCUCUUUUGAAUGAAGAAGACAUAAGAAAUCCCAGUCUUUUUUCGGAACUUUACUCCAUGGCUUACGUGUCUGCUGGUGAGUGUGUCUGGAUUUUUCUAAAAUCUGUGCGCAAUUCACAACCGUUGUGUUGAAACUAUCUGAGGCAUUGCUUCGGCGUGGUCAGGUUUUGGUACGGUGGGAGUGAAUGAAAGUGAUCUGACCUUUUCUCAUUUGUUCCUGUUGAUCACUCUAUGAAUGUUAAUGCUACAGCCAUUUUCGCUUUGGCGGACGUCCGAUCAGCUGCUCGUGAAGGGAUAAUCAAGGUUUCAGACGAGUGUUCCAUCCAAAACCUUCCCGUCACCACAGAAGACAUUAUAGAUGUAUUUGGUGCAAACGAAGAACAACUCAAACUCAUUCUCAAAGAGGACGACUUUUCACUGUUGAAAAAGCUAUCGGAAAGAACUGAGAUGCUUAGGAACAAAAAUACUCCCGACAAACCGAACGCAUUAACUAUGGUCCUGGAGUGCACACUUGAUCAUUUCGGUGACGAUAAUGUCGCACGCGAUUGCGUUUAUCUGAUCUUUAAGAACGAUCUGAACAAAAGGAUUACGCUAUGCUUUCGGGGAUCAAUUACUCUGCAAGACUGGAUAAAAGAUAGCAAGGUAUUUGUGGAUAACAUUCCCAAUCCUGUCGCAGAUCGACAUGGCCAGGCGCCUACCAUUGGAGUUCAUCAAGGAUUCAAAGAGUACUUGUACGGAACGUCAACAUCUUCUUCUUUUGGAAGUUUGAUGGAAUCGUCCAGUAAAAGAGAGCCGGAUUCUGCUCCUUGUAGUGUUCGUGAUGCAGAUGAAUCAAGAACAAACAUAAAUUCUUGGAAAUUCAAUUCCAUCGCUUCGGCCUUUCUGAAAUGGAAAGAGAAAGUCAGUAAGAGUGAGGUCGAUAUCGGAGGUAGUGUGAAUAAAGACAUUACAUAUGCUAAAACUAGCGACUCUAAUGACGUAGAUGAUGGACAACGUAAUGAUCAUGGCGACAUGACUGGUAAAGUCGAGAAGGAAAAAUACAACAAUGACAUUGGGGAUAACGAUGAAAAUCCCCGUAACGCUGAUCCUUCCGAAAUGCCAGGCAAUACUGAAAAUCCGAACGAGGAUGUUGCUUUUCCUCCUGUUCACAACUGUAGAUUGGACAAAAUCCUAGACGAACUCGAGAGGCUUCGUAAAAGCUACAAUGAUUAUUCUAUUUAUAUUACUGGACACAGUCUUGGGGGAGCACUGGGGCUCCUGACAGCUCUGGAAGCAGGGAGCCGGUUUGGGGAGAAACAUCUUCCCGUCACCUAUGUCGGAAUCGCCAAUCCACGCGGAGGGACGGUACGUCAAAUUUUCCGUACUAUAUGAUAGACAUUUGAGUCAAAUCGGCACUUUCUUACCAUUUCAUUUUUGCACGAGCACAGGAGGGAUUUCGGGAUGCUGUUUCUGUUCUUGAGAAAGAAGGAAAAUUGCGAUGCGUUUGUGUUCACGGUGUUCAUGACAUUGUUCCAAUGAUACCUGCUUCCUCAUUGAAUAGAGCAACAAAAAAGAGAUUCUGUCAAUCAGGGAUACAAAUGCUCCUUGAGAAGGACAAACUUGAAAUACGAUAUUCUCCAAAACCCGACGACAAUUAUAAUAAACGUGUAAGGAAAGCUCUUAGCUCUGCUCACAAAAUUAAAGAGAGGCAUCACUACAUAACAUACUUGAACGAACUUCGAGGGUUUUCGAAAGCGCUUCGGGAACUUCAUAUUAAUGAUUACUACAAUAUGAUAUAUGAGUCGGAAAUAUUCGUACCGUCAGAGAGGAAAUCAACCCCAAUGGAAAUCAAAGUUAACACGGACUGCGAUGCGUGAGACUGUGGUCAAUGCGAAGACCAUGACUAUAACAGUGAUUUUGGGAGAGAAAAGAAAGGAGCCAACGUUCCGAUCGAUCCCCUUCAGACGGAUACUCACGUCAAAAACAUUUUUCCAAAAAAGAAGACCCUUUACAUCAACACAUUGCCGGUAAGCACAACAUUUUUCUCUCGAUCUACUAUGCGCAGUAGUUAUGGGGUCUCUUAGUCGAAGUUUCAUAGCAUGUUGAAACAAAUACUGCCAGCGUAAUAACGCAUGGUAAUUAUCGAACUGUAGUAACCAAAUUACUUUUUGAGCUGCAGUCUUCAUAUGUAUGAUAUGUGCAGAAAGGAGAAAAAAUUUACUUUUUUUUUAAGAUGGAUUAAUUUACACACACCAGCGAGGUGGCACUCAAACAGAUACUACUGGUGAGGGCAACCGACAAGAAGUAAGCCUGAAUUGACUUCAUCACUUGAAAUUAUUUACUGUUAAAGAUAGCACUCUGCAUUGAAUAUUGCUACUCCUGGUAUUAGUAUGCUCAUUGUCUUCGGUCCUUUAUUCAUGCGAUUCUCAAAUAACCAACAUCAUUUGUA